AUGGAGCCAGGAAAUCAAACGCUGGUGACAGACUUGGUCCUGGAGGGACUCCCGAACACCAGGGAGCUUCCCUCUCUCUUCUUCCUCCUCCUCUACCUGCUCACCCUGCUAGGCAACACCCUCACCCUGUUGACUGUGCUCUGCGAUUCCCAACUCCAUGCCCUGCCCAUGUACUGCUUCCUCGGCCACCUCUCCUUCCUUGAUGCCUGCCUCUCCUCCGUCACCAUGCCCAAGAUCCUGCCUGGCUUGGGAGGGCCUGGUGGCAGGACCAUCUCCUUCAGCGGCUGUGUGGUGCAGCUCUACAUCUUCCAUUUCCUAGCCAGCACCGAGUGCUUCCUCUACACGGUGAUGGCUUAUGACUGCUUCCUGGCUGACUGCCACCCUCUGCACUACACCGUGGUCAUGAGCAGAAGGGCCAGUGUGGGGCUGGCACCUGGCACCUGGCUCACCGGCUCGCUCCAUGCCACGAUCCAGGCUGCCCUGACCUUCUGCCUGCCUUACUGUGGCCCCAACUGGGUGGAAUACCUCGUCUGCGACAUCCCCGCCAUGCUGAAGCUGGCCUGCGCUGACACGGCCACCAACUGUGCCGUCAUUCUGGCCAACAUCGGGGCGGUGGCAGCUGGCUGCUUCCUGCUGAUCUGCAUUUCCUACGCCUGCAUAGUGUCCACCAUCCUGAAGAUCCACACAGCCCAGGGAAGGCUGCGGGCAUUCUCCAUCUGCAGCACCCAGCUCAGCCUGGUGCUGCUGGUCUAUGUGCCAAUGCCGUUUGUAUAUGUGCACCCCGCUUUGAGUCACGCAUCCGAAGGGGCAGUGGCCAUGUUCUACACCAUGUUCACUCCCUUUUGA